AUGGCUGCUUUUAUUUCAGGGAUUGAUGACUGUGUAGGUGUGACGUGUAACGACCAUGGGGUCUGUGUUGAUGGAGACCGGACAAAGACGUGCCAAUGUUUUCUUGGUUAUAAGGGGCAAAAUUGCGAAACAGGGUGCCAGAAUCAUGGUGUCUGUAUCACCGGAAGUUGUCGUUGUGGGAUAGGCAUUGCACCGACGUUGAGUAUUCAAACCACUGACAGUCUCACAGAUACAUCAGCUGGUCUUGUUGAAGAGCAGAAUGUCGUUACAGGCAUUUCCAAACUAUUCACCAGUAAAGUGCGUGUCGAAGGAAAAGUGUCUAAAAAGUCCGGACACUAUGUUUGCUUUGUAAUUGCGGACAGAACAAACAACAGCGUAACGAGUGAAAUGUGUAUUGAAAUGGAGUUUGUGAUGCAGAAAGGCGGCAAUGGAUGUGCACAGGCAAAAUCCGCCACUCAAUAUGUGACUGUCUUCGAGACUCACCAAUAUGAUGGAACAAACGUCUGCUUAACUGAAAUCGCGUAUGAGCCAACACAGGCCGAGGACACAACGAUGUGCUUCCUUGCAACACAAGAAACAACGAGUGACAAGCGAUGUUUUGCUGUCGGUGCCCAGCAGAACAAAACAAUUGCAAGAACGACGGUUACUGCCUCCUUAAUGGCCAGCGCACAAACUGCGUUUGCAGAGCUGGUUACACAGGGCAUUACUGUGACCAGGGACCUUCCGUACUUCAUACAUCCAAGCCUUCAACCAAAUUCGGAUGUAAUAUGCAAAGUGGAUGAUGUUUGUCACGUGACAUACACAAUCACUCCUGGGUCGGAACACUUCUAUGAAUGCAUAAAAGUUGACCUAGUCAAUAAAGUUUCAUCUGAUUUUGAGAACAUGCACGCGUUUUCAACGUGUGAGCAUUGUGUUGAUGGAAAGACAACGAACCAACGCUGUACACUUGAUGUUGCCUUUAAACCAAGUUCCAAAGAAAACAACACUAAUAUAUGUGUGGAAUUAUCAUUAGCAAAGGGCGGGAAAUCUGGCGAAGAAAGAUGUUUCACCAUCCUUGUUUCAAGCGUUGAAACUUCAAAAAAAGUCGGUUGUCAAGGACUCGAAUGUUACAACGAUGCUUUCUGUGAUGGCCACGAGCCUUUUAGGCCUGAAUGUUAUUGUAGAGCAGGCUUCUCUGGACAUAACUGUUCACAAGCUUACCAGUCCUGUGUGGAGGGUUUUCCAAGAAGCUCGGUGCAGGAUGUCGCAUUUUGUCAAAAAGGAAAACAGUGCUUGUAUCCGUUCCAUUUUUGUGCAAAAGACGGGCAACACACAAAGCUCAUCGUCGGAAAUAAGGAUCCUUGCCUGUUCGUCAGUCAACCUACAUAUAUCAACAAUAAUGCCAGCUCUGAUUGCCUGUGUUCAUUCGGAUCUGUUAAACUGUCCCCUUCUGUGCAGGCUACUUCUACUAUGCGAUUCUGUUUGCAGAUUAUUGAUUCGGCAGGAGUAGUGAAGGAUGAGAUCUGCCCAAACGUCAGUUUGUCAGAAAUUCCUCGGGAAAGUGCUGUAGAAACGGAAAAGCCAUUCUUUCUGUCACCAAUUUUAAAAGACGUCGAUUGCGUAAAAGGAGCUGAUUGUCACUUCGACAUUCGGUACACAGAUGGGGCCAAUUUUCAAACAUCAUUACCGUGUCCAACGCUUAGUAUUUCAAAAUACAUGGAAAACGUUCACAUCUUUCCUGCCAACCAUCACGUCUGGGAGUGUGUAAGCGAUGUGUCCUAUAAAGUUCCAUCAACUGCAAAUGAUGGUGACAAACAGAAGCUCUGCUUGCGACUGUCUCUACCGCGGGUACAUGGAGAGGAGCAUUGCAUUACCAUCAACAUCAAAAACACUCCCCCGUCUUUGCAAGCUAAUUCAGUCGUUGGACCGUGUCAAAAUUCAAACUGCACAAAUGGAGCACUAUGUUUAGCAAACACAGCUGUCAAGCCACCAUAUAAGUGCAUUUGCCAAGACGGAUUUGAUGGAAUUGAUUGUCGUGAGAAUUUCCCAAGCAGUGAUUUUCUUCCUGGUGUCGAGAAUAUGAACGCAUCUUUAGUUAUCAACGGACCGAGGUUUCAUUCUUCUCGAGGUGUAUUAAAUAAAACUGUCUGCUUGGCAAACGAGAAGUGUACUUUUGUUAUACCUUAUUUCGGGAACCAAAAUCAACGACCGGUGAAAAGAUACUGCAACACGUCAUUAACAGAACAACCUGGAACACAUGUGAUCACCAAUGUGGCGGAAACACCUGACCUGAAGUUGUUGUACUCAACAUUCGUGGGAUCAUCUGGAACAGAAUUAUGUUGUUACCAGACAACCGUGGACGGAUCUGAACACGGCAUGAAUGUAGACGAGUUUUGUUUCGAAGUUGACAUAUCACUAAUCACAGGAGGCAAUAUUCCAGUAAAUACUAGCAGUCAGGUCACUCGAUUUAUAUCACCAGCAAAGAAUUCACUAUACAUUUGCAAGGAGAACAGCGACUGCUAUAUAACUGUUAUUACGGAAAAAACUCAGUUAUGCGACCAAGUGAUACAUUGCUGCAAUAAAGGAGACGACAUUCACAUCUUCGUCACGAACGAGCUGAACGACGUCUGCGUGACUGAACUCGUUGUACACACGUUGAAUGAGGGACAAGAACAAACCAUUUGCGCAAUGGCUGGAAUAAGCGGUCCUGAAAUCACCUUUACAGUUCUUGCAUUAACACCUGACGGAUUUGGUCCGUGUCAAAAGCGGCAUUGUGAAAACGGAGGAACAUGUGUGUCGGAAAACGGGAAUGCAUUUUGCUAUUGUGCCCCCGGAUACACAGGGGAGACGUGUGAAACAGAUAUCGACGAGUGUGCCUCAAAUCCUUGUUUCCACAAUGGGACGUGCGUUGAUCAUGUCAACGGGUACACGUGUGUCUGUACAGAGGAUUACGGAGGGAUUUAUUGUCAAAUAGAUGGAGUUUGUGCCAUAGGGUCUGCUCCAGUAAAACUCGUCUGUAACUCGUUACCAUGCUCCUUUGAGUAUACCGUACUUGGCAGUUUGAUGGUCCCUGAUGUAUCAGAGGUUCCCGAGACAGUCACACCACAAAUCACAGCCCAUAUAUUUAAUGAAGUGCAGAGAUACUUUGUAUCAAUAAAGCUGACAGAAGCCCUUGACUUUUGCCAUACAACGUAUGUUAACGGAAAACAUGGGAACUGUUCAAGGACACAAUGUACAUCCAUUAAUUAUCGAGAUAAACUGAAAAGAACAGAUGCUUUUUAUAAUUGUUCAUCUACAUCACUUGGCGACCGAAUUCCCCAUGUUAUGAAAAUUGAAAAGGGACUAAAUGACA